AUUUUGCUCGGAAGGAUACCUCGCUGGGAUCACUCCGCCCGCAUUUAAAACAUGUGGUCGGCGCUCUGCAGAUUGAUGCGCGUCGCGCGUAUGCUUCCGGAAAACGUGAGUGUCAACUGCAAGUGGAAAGUGGCAGAGCCAGGAAGCAACCAUCUCAAAACAUAAGCCUGGUUCAGAAACAGCGUCUCCCGUUGUCUGGGGAGAAAGCGGCCCCAUAACUGCAGCGGCAGAGUUGUGGCGGGCCGGCCUCGCUCCAAUGGGAGAGGGAGAAAAUCGCGCGGUGCGCGAUUGUUCCAAUCAGAGCGCAGGGCAACCUGCCAAUCAAAGGCACGCCCCUCCACGCCGGAGCAUGCCGCUUGGAAACUUUCCUCGGGACGACAUUCGCGAUUGUUUUGAGUCGAGCUAAGAGUCGUGUCUUGGAGUCUCGUUCGGCAGUCCUCGUGUUGGAGUCUAGUCAGCAAGGCACGCGGUCAUACUAUUGCGAGCCCCCAUCGAGCCGGCUUCGUGGAUGUGCGGAGGGAGAAAGGCGCCGAGGAUGCCGCAGCACCGCGAAAAUAGAGCGCGGCCGGCGGACGAGCACGCUGCGCCUCAGUACCACCCCGCCCGAUACGCGGCAGUCAUGGAGAACUUUGUGGCUGCGUGUUGCGUUCCCACGGGCUGCCACUUAGGCGAACCGAUUCACUUGGACGACUUGAGCAGUACCGUCAAGGUGAUAUGCAACAACGAGCACUGUUCGAUGAGCCAAUACAUGCACAAGAGCUGCUUCGAGGAGUGGGAAGAAGCGGUGCUCACCUACCUGCGCUCGACCGGCCGCGCACGCUCGUGGAGCGAGAAGCAACGGUUGCAGAAUUUGUGGACAAAAAAGGGUUACGACCUCGCGUACAAGGCCUGCGGCUGCAAAUGCAGCAAGGGUCAUCUUCGGAAGGAUCUCGACUGGAUACCUCCCGUUGCCAGUCGCGAUGACAAGAAGAAGAAACCGCGCCGGAAGAAAAAUAACGACAAGCCAACACUGACGUUGAACGGCACUGCGAACGUCACGGUGGCGAAAACUCCAGGUAACGGCGUUCCCGUUAUGCGGCUUCGUAGUUCCAGCAUGUCGAGCACCGGCUCAGGUGGCAGUCCUCCGAGCUCCUCGUCCGAGUUCCCGCCGUCACCGACGCACAACAAAAAGCAAGGAGGAUUCUUCACGGACACAAUCCGAGAACGGCACGGCUCCGGCGGGUUGUUCAGCCGGCGUCAGGACUACUCUUCCUUCAACACGCUACCUUGGCACAAAAUCAACUCGUACAAUAUCAAAAUGGAUGAUGAAGGAGGCAGUGACGACAUCCGCUGCUUUAUCCUGUCGACGCUAAGCGCCAACAAAAUGUCAUACAUCCCCUGCAUCGUGUGCCACGCUGUGAUGAACGUGUUCGACCGAUAUCCACUUGUGGAUGGUACCCUGUUUUUAUCCCCUCGACAACACAGCAAAGGCUCCGUGCAAGUCCGCGUCGACGAGCGACCGCAGUACCUGAAUGCCGUUUGCAUGAACUGCCUCGAAGGCUGGCACAGCCGGCUAGCUUGCCGUGGUUGCGGGCAAAGAUGGGUAGGUCAACAUCUAAUUCUCGGUACCAUGUACUCGUACGACAUUUUCGCCGCCACACCGUGCUGCGAGGAGCGACUUCGUUGCAACAACUGUCAUGAACUUGUUACGACGGUAGACCGACCGCUGCAGUAUUUCAGCGACUACAGCCACUGCGUCUCUUGUCCUCAGUGUGGCCACCGAGACUAUCACUUCGUGAAACCCUUAAGCACCUACGUCAAGGUUUAGUCGGCGAAUUUCUUUUUUUUAAAAUUCGAACUGUCGUUGUGUGUUGCUACGCGGGUCUGUGUGUGCGUGUGUGCUUUUCUUUUGUUUCUUGCCCAGCCUACUUGAAUGCGGUGAGAGCCUACUUUCAGGUAAAACACCCCUUCAUAAUUCUCUUUGCGAGCAAAAGUGCCCUGUUUAUCGCGGGAAGGGCGUUCCUACAAAAAGCCGGUACGCUGUUUCAAGGUCACCCGAGUCCCUCGAUGCGGCUGCGAGCGUGGGACACCGCUACGCGCUUUUAUUAUUGUUUUCUUUCUCGAUUCGAAGUCCGCUUGUCAUCAGUGUGUUUUGCAAGAAAUUUCGCGUCGUGUUGUUUAGUUUACGUUCGACAGGAAACGCGGGAUUUUGUAAAUGGUUCAGACCAUCGAUCUAGUUUAGAGCAAAGGGAGAUUGCGAGUGUCUUUUUCCUCUCACGUAUGAGCUACUCAACGUGGAAGGAGAGGGAUUUUGAAAAUGACGUGGUUUUGUACAAGUACAAAAGCUUUUUCUUUAUUUGCUCCUGAGAGUACGCUAAGAGAGGUAAAUAUAUAUAUAUACAUAUAAAUAAAUAUAUUUCUUUCCAUGCUGUGACUGCCGUAAAUACUUUUUUUUUUCUACGUCGUGUUAUUGUCGUGCUGCAAUGGAAUGGGAAAGAUUAUUAUUCAGGCGCGCGGAUGUUGACAUUUCGCUGCGUGGUGUGGUGGUGGUGCCGGCGCCGUAUCUGACCAUGACCUCGUCGUUUCGAUACCCGCUUGGCUGCUCACAUGCACAUUGAAACGCACAAUUAACAUCAUCUCUGCGCGUGAGCAUGCUGUGUCUAGACGAGAGUUAAAGAAAAAAGGCAACCCGGUGAGGUUUGGAUGAUGAAAUUACCAUGAAGCUGUAUUUUUUUACGGGAACAGAGACGAUGUUUUGUGAGAUCCCCCCCUCUUCCUCUCCACUUCCCUGUUGUGAACUAUUUCUCCACCCUCGUCGUCUCUUCGUAUAGAUGUGCCAUCCGUCGUCUUUUUGCAAUGCAGUACGCCUUAACAAUCGAUAUAAGUGUCAAGUUUGCCUUUUUAGAAAUCCUGUUGUAUAUCGCCGCUACUGUAUGUUACAAGCUAUGUACGGAAGCAUCAAAAACGAAAUAUAUGCACGAAGUGUGUCUCGAAGAAUGCUGGUUAUUCUUUUUUUUUUUUUUCUUUUGUUGUUCCAUAUUCCCGAAGGGAUAAAAUGUUUUUUCCUCCCAUGUUUGCCGUUGAACCAAAUGAAGCAGUUGUUGUCCUGCAGAAGAGUUGUAUGCAAUAAGUUUCAAUCCGGUGAUUUCCAGGGAGGGGUUUCCGAGCCCCCUUCCUGGAAUACGUGGUGCUGCCACUUUUUGAGUGAUAGAGAAGUGUGAUGAUGGUGGUUUAGCAACGCUGACUGCAAGGCUGACGGUAAAGAUUGUAUGAUCCCAGCAAGUUUUAAGGAGUUGGAUCGUUAUAGAAAGUGUUGUUGGUUUGUGUAUAGUCACCGCGCUGACAGCGGGGGUAUGUUUAUUUGUCGGUCGUCCCAGAGUGAAGGAGCGACCGUGGGAUACAGUCAGAUUUUAAAGAAAAAUGUGUUGUUCUUUCUUUUCUUUUUGCGUGCAGGUCUCGCACGUUCAGUUUACGUUUCUGUUAACGUUUUUUUUAAAUAUAUUUUCAAGCAGAGUCGUUUUCAGCCACCCGUUCUGUUAUUGCUACUGCUGAUAUAUAAGGUUUAUACAUACAUAUAAUAUUGUUCACCUGCUGCAUGACUACCUUUCGGAUAAUACGAUUAUUGGCCUGUGAUCUGGUUCGAGAUUUGGAAUGGUUGAAACCAGGCCUGUUAAGCUUUCCUCUUUGUAGGGAUCGAAAAUUUUGCCUGCCCUCUCAGUUUCUCAUGAUAUCGUUUCAUUUGGCUGACCGUAGAAAGAGCCGGUGCUGUACAUCACGUUUGUUUGUUUGUUUUACAGCUGUCCUCAAACAGAGCAUUCCGGUAGUCGUAAAAUGGAUUGUGACAUGUUUGUUUGGUGUUUGAAAAGUGGGACUGGAAAGUGGUAAACCAAACUGCCCAAUAAAACGUACGAGCGAAUGUUUCA